GAAACGUUGAUUGGAGUGACUGAGUCAAGUGCUUAUAUAUACUGUAGAACAGCUUUCUAACUUAAUAAUGAAACCCACAAUUGACCUGGAACUUGAUGCCCCAGAAGUGGAGUUGGAUGUUAGCAGCCAAGUAGCUUCAAAUUUGUCCUCUAAUGAUACAAAUUCAGAGCCAGUACCACUUGAUUUAACUCUGUACUUCAACAAUAUCCAUGGCCAUGGGAGACACUCCGUAGGACUCUCAUUGUCAAGCACAAGCGAAAGCAUCAAUACUGACCCUGCAACGGCCUCAGCCUCGGCCAUGCCUCGAAUUUUCUCCUGCAACUACUGCCACCGCAAAUUCUUUAGUUCUCAGGCUCUUGGAGGACACCAUAAAAGAGAAAGGACGUUGGCGAAGCGGGCGAUGAUAAUGGGGUACGCCGGUCUCAGUCUCACGGCUCUGCCUCCGCUUGGCACGACCUCCUCCUUCAGAUCAUUGGGGAUCAAAGCACACUGUUCGACACACCAAGCCUUUGCAGCGGCACCAAGAACACCAGAUACCAGAUACAAUGGUAUAGUGGAACAUGGUUAUCUUGGUGUCCCAAUCUACAUGGAAGAUGAUGAGGCUGAGCCGUUGUGGCCUGGUAGUUUCCGACAGAUAGCUCACUCAGCAACAGCAGUAGCAGGUAGUAACACUGAUCAUCCAGGUUUUGUACUACCUGGAACUUCAAAUAUGAAUUUUGUGGAGGUUAAUGAACCAGUGUACUUGGAAGACAGUUCAGCUCCAGAUUUGACCUUGAAACUUUGAGGAUUUG